ACUUCACCCCUCUCAAUCUCGCUCAUCACUCUCUCCCUCCUCACGUCGCCAUUAGCGUACCUGCUCUCUCUGUUCUCCAGCUAGCUCAUCAGGGGGAGGAACCAGCACCUGCCUUGCCAUGUCGUCCUCCAUGGUGUCCAAGAACGCGCCGCCGCCGGCCGGGUACGGCGACGGCGAAGGCAGCGUCGUCGAGGCCGCGCCGGUGACGAGCUGCCUGUACCUGCGCCCCGGGGCGGGGGCGCUGGACAGGGACGCCGUGCUGCGCCGCAUCCGCCACCGGAGGCGCCACGACCGCCUCCACGACACGCUGCGCUCCAUGGUGCAGGCGCCGCCGCGGUCCGCUGAGCCGGACGGCAUGGACGGCACCGAACGGCACCUCCCGUGGCCGCUCGACGACGCCUUCUCGGCGCCGUAGCUUUUGUAAUAUAGAAUUAGUCUCUUGUGCAGAUUAAGCAAAUGCACAUGGAACAUGAUCCAGUUCGCCUCUUCUUGUGUAGACUGUCAAGAACAGAUGCAAGUUAAAUAAUCUCGCCGAUGUAGUGCUAGUGCAGUAGAUGUAUGUAUGCAAGUUACUGCAAGGAUGGAGCCAUGGAUAUAUGCAAGGAUUGUUUUGGGA